AUGACACUCCAACCCAACACUCCAACCCCUAUAUUCAUACGAGGGAUGGUGUCGUACCCGCCGGACAUGCCUCUCAACUUUAGUAACGGUGCGUAUUUCACGGGUCGGAUUCAAUUGGCAGACGAUAUCACCAGAAGAGUUGACGAACUCUUUGCCGAAGACUAUGAUUUCAAUUAUGUUGUCGAUAGCCAACCGAUAGUCAAGUCUGGAAGUAGUGUCACAAAAGUCGAUGAAAACGAGUCUAAGAUAUCACCCGAAGAUCAGUUCAAUACAGCUGUCAGUGAUCUGAAGAUUAGUUGGGUUUCGAAACUGAAGGGAAAGGCGUCGGAAGACCUGUUCAAUGAAUUACUCGAAACCGAUAAAACAAAUGUUAGGCUAUUAUUGGCGCGAAUACAAGCACUGGACUCAGACUCCCAGCGCUCGCAACACUUGUCUCGACAAAUAUGUUUGGCUAACGAUGUCUUAGAUUUGUGUCAAAUUAAUCAUUUAAUCACAUCUGAAGUGAUCCUAAAGAAAGAGGAGUCAAAUGAUGACAACAAACAGGCGCUCAAAGAUUUGGAAACAAAAAAGUCUACCGUUUUGGAGGUACUGGUGAAGAAAGGGAUAGCCAUUUGUGACCUCAUCGAAGCACAAACCAAACCUCUAGUGACUACAAGUGGAGACAUACCUGUGUUCAGUGGUGAUGAUACUGGUGCUGUUGAUACUAAUGCUCUUACUACAGUGGAAGGUGUUCCCCAGUUUACACUAUCGGAUGUGAAUGAUGUGUAUAAAGAUAUUUGCAAACUAGUGGCCGAUUCCUACGAUUAUAAGUUAUGUCUUUAUCCUAACUGA